UUGGGGAGAAAAAGGAAAAAAAUAAAAUCUUAAAAAAAAAAAGAUGGUGCGUGAAAAGACAACUGAGGGAGCUGUAAAUGAGUGUGUGCUGGGACAGUCUUAUACACUUGCAUAAAACCCGACGACUUGGCUGGGUCUGGCUUUGUUAUUGGGGUCCCCCUGCUGCUGGUUGUGGGGAGCAUCCUGGUUUGGGCAGGCGAGGUGUACAGGGCCCCCCAGCUCCUCUCGUCUCCCCAGUGCAGAUGGAGAGUUUGCGGUGACCCACAUGACGAAGGCUCACCUCUUCUCCACCGGCACUGUGCACUGGGUGCCCCCGGCCAUCUACAAGAGCUCCUGCAGCAUCGACGUCACCUUCUUCCCCUUCGACCAGCAGAACUGCAAGAUGAAGUUCGGCUCCUGGACGUAUGACAAGGCCAAGAUCGACCUGGAGCAGAUGGAGCAGACGGUGGACCUGAAGGACUACUGGGAGAGUGGCGAGUGGGCUAUCAUCAACGCCACAGGCACCUACAACAGCAAGAAGUAUGACUGCUGCGCUGAGAUCUACCCCGAUGUCACCUACUACUUUGUCAUCCGGCGCCUGCCCCUCUUCUACACCAUCAACCUCAUCAUCCCCUGCCUGCUCAUCUCCUGCCUCACCGUGCUCGUCUUCUACCUGCCCUCCGACUGUGGCGAGAAGAUCACCCUGUGCAUCUCGGUGCUGCUCUCGCUCACCGUCUUCCUGCUGCUCAUCACCGAGAUCAUCCCCUCCACUUCUCUGGUCAUCCCGCUCAUUGGGGAAUACCUGCUCUUCACCAUGAUCUUUGUCACCCUCUCCAUCAUCAUCACGGUCUUUGUCCUCAAUGUCCACCACCGCUCCCCCAGCACCCAUAAUAUGCCCCACUGGGUGCGAGUGGCCUUUCUGGGCUGUGUGCCUCGGUGGCUUCUGAUGAACCGGCCCCCGCCACCCUUGGAGCUCCAUGACCCCCUAGAUCUGAAGCUCAGCCCCUCCUAUCACUGGCUGGAGACCAUGAGCAUGGAUGCAGAGGAGAGGGAAGAAGAAGAGGAAGACAGGUGGGUGUGUGCGGGUCAUUCAUCCCCCUCCCUGGGUGUCCUCUACAGCCAUGGUGGUCUGCACCAAGGGGCCUCAGGCCGUAAAGUGGAGACCCAGUUGCAGGAGGAUGGGCUUCUGCUGUCGCCUCGCAUACAGAAGGCACUGGAAGGAGUGCACUAUAUUGCUGAUCACCUGCGGUCAGAGGAUGCUGACUCUUCGGUGAAGGAGGACUGGAAGUAUGUGGCCAUGGUCAUCGAUAGGAUAUUCCUCUGGUUGUUUAUCAUCGUCUGCUUCCUGGGGACCGUUGGACUCUUUCUUCCUCCGUUCCUGGCUGGAAUGAUCUGAUUUCACGUCUUUGCUUUGGCCCAAAGGUGGCACUGCUGACUGUCGUUAACUGCUGCUGCCUCUCGAGUAUGCCUUUGGGGUCAACUCCAUCUGACUGCGGGUGUCCCUCCGUGGAGUCCCCACACGAACCCAAUCAUCCAAGACUUCCUGGAACAAUUCACUUGACAUGAUUGUACCCUGUGCUGAGAAUCUGCUGGGCACAGAGCUCUGUUUUGGACACUGAGGAGCUAGGAAAAGAAGGAACUUGCUCUGCAGAGUUGACAGUAUGGUGGUGACAAUGUGAAGCUGUGUAAGAUUCUCAUAUGGAGGAGGAACAAGAAGGGGGAGCUGAGGGUGGCGGUGGGGCCAGGUGAAGAGGCACAGACCUCAAAGGAGGGGAGAGUAGGGAAGAUGGGAGACGGUGCCUCAGGGCUGGAAGGGCUGUGAACAACAUUUUGGAUUCAGGAAUGAGCCUAAAGUGUCAGGGAGAACAGCCAGGCUGAGGGGUGCUCCAGAGUGGGGAGCAGUGGGAGGAGGCAGGUUGGAGCAUCUUUAAACCAGGUGGAGGAGGGAGUAUGAGCUGUCUGGUCUAACAGUGGAGUGGUGGAGGUGCUUCCAGAAGGGAAGAAGGGGAGGCAGGGCCCAGGUGGGGCAGAGGAGGGAUGCAUGAUUGGAUGCUGGGCCAUCCCACCCACCUGGAAGCACUUGCGGACCCCUGGCCUCUCCUUCCCUUUAGCCCCUCCCCUUCCCUGCUGCAAAUUGGCUCAGCACCAGCCGGCCUCAAGAGGUUUGGCAGCACUGAGAGUCCCUGUCUGCAGGGGCACCAUCUAUGCUUAAAUGCACAUGGACAAGCCGGAAAGACAUCCCUGGCCAUUCUUGACCCACCCCAACCCUACAGCCUGCUGCCUCCCUCCCUCCACAGGGCGAGUGGUGGUCGGCACUCAGGAUGUUUUCUCUGGGUGACUGAGCUGGAUUGCUUUCGACCCUGAGACUGCUGUGUAAAUGCACAAGCUGCAGGACUCCUUCCUUCCCCACCUGCUCCCCCUCUCCCUGUUUGUCCCAAAGCCCGGUGAUGUCCUCUGACCCUCCGUGCAGCCUGUUCUCCCCCUGGAGUUCAGCAAUCCAAGGCUGUCAGCCAUGUGCGGGAGCCUGGAGCCUCUCCCCAGCCCUGUCCAGCCCCCUGGAGGGGGAACCAUGGCAGCCAACAGAUAUGGGCACUGGGUUCUCUGGACAGAAUGGAGACCUUGGACAGGAAGUCGAGCUGGGUGAGCUUCCAGUUUCCCUUCGGGCUUUGGGAUUUCUUCCUUCCAAACCCCCAACUUGCCUCUUCCUGACAGACCAGGGGAAACCUAAGACACCCCAGCCCGGGCCUCCACUCCUCAGUUCUCUCCCAAGACCCCCACUCAGUGGCCCAUUCUGGUUUCUGGCUCCUCUCUGAUCCUGUGAAGCAGCCCCUGGCCUGCCCUCUCCUCCCUCCUGGCUCUCCCAGACUUGGUCUCCUGGUGCAGUGACAUUCGCUCAUGUUAUUCCAUCUCCCAUCCAUCUUGCAUGUGAGUAAAGAGGUUAAAUAAAGCUGAAGCUGCAGCUCAUUCAGCUGUGGGACCCCUCCUCAGCAUCCCCAGGACCACCCAAGCCCCCUAGAGCCCUUGUUGUUUGGUGCGAACUGGGAGGGCACCAUUGGCAUUCCUCAUGUGGCCGUGGAUGGGGCUGUCCUGGACCCCACUGGAAAGUGGCCCUUUGGUCGGGCGUCGGGGCAAAGGGGCUGGAGCACACACUGACCCCGCUGCCCAGUGUCACCCCACAGCCCCAGGUUUGAGCCCCAGCAUCGCCCUUUAUCUGCACC